ACUUUUCAAAUGAUAUACAAAUUCGAACGCUUAAAUGAUUAAUAAGCAGAAGGAAGGUCGUGGUUAUGGUGAUAUUAAAAAGGAAUUUUUUAAAUCAAACCUGAAGAGAAUUUAUAAUUAAGUUUUUCAUAGCAGCUAAAACGAGUAUAUAAACGUUUGCAAAUGGAAACGAGUUAACAAUAACAAUCCAUACGUAUAGCUAAAACCCCUAGGAAGACAUAAAAAAACAAUACUACUUAAAAUGUGCAAAUUGAAUUCCGUCUGUAUGCUCGCUGCAUUGUCGGUGGUGACUGCAGCGCCGGGCUUAGUAGCGCCUAUAGGUUACACCGCUCCUCUGGCUUCUGCUGCUUAUACCGCUCCCGUGGCCUAUACUACACCUGAUGCGGCCGUUGUAGUGGGUCAUACUGCUUAUGUGGCUCCUUAUAGCUCUAGUUAUACUGCUCACUCCAUUGCCCAUGCCGCCGUCUUCUCUGCUCCAGCUGCUUACGUGAGUGCUGCCAUACCCCAUUUCGAUGUUCCUUCUCCUCUUGUUGCUGCUGCUCAUACUCCUUUACUGUUAAAGAAAUAAAGCAAUUGUUUUCUGAAA